GCCGCGGGGACACUAAAAGCCCCGAAAUCAUCUCAAGAUAACCUCAAGAUAACCCUAUUAUCCCCCCUCCUUCCUUGCUCUCUGCCACCCCUCACUCACAGCAGAAUGGACAGCGUUUUGGGGUUGUAGUCCUAAAGGCCCGGGUUAGAUUCCCGGCCGAGGCAGGAGCAAAUCGGCAAAUCGUUCAGUAGAACUUCGGUUUCAACCCUUUUACCCUGUCAUAGCUCAGUCGAUUAAGGCAGUGUCUGGGAUGCUCCAAGACGCAGGUUCGAAUCCUCGUCACUGCCCUUGUGGAUUUGUUCAUUUAAAUUGGCAAAGUUUCUUUCAUGCCCCUGUUCACCUGUGUGUCUUUUUUUAUACCCGUGAUAUUUUCUGUUUAAUUGCCUCGUUAAGCGGUUGAGCUUUAGUUUUCAGGACCUGAUUCUCAACCUUCGGUUGACCAGUGCUCUGGUUCCCCAUCCUCUUGAAGGGUCCGUAGAAUUACGUAAAGGAAUGUACACAUUUCCUGCUGUAAUAUUGUAAAUGACCGUAGAUGGUGAAGGUGGCUAACUAGCGGGAGUAACAACGUUCUAAUACGUCAUAAACACGUUAAGCUAAGAUGUAACAACUUUAUUUCGGUUUGUUUCCAGGAAUGGAACAGAGACAUGAGGACGGGGUAAAGGAAUGUUUCCAACCGUAUGAUCCGUCCGGAAUCGAUCGCCGACUUAGAAGAUGGCAGACAGUCGCUGUACCGACCAGUUCAAGUGAUUAGGAAUAACAUAAUUUCACUGCAAAAUGCGCGGAUUUUCUUACGAAAUCAGACCAAAAUAGGUGGCGGGUGAGGCGAUAGGAAGCUGACGAAGCGAUCAGAUCAUUGACUUCCUUUGGCAUCGUCCUCCACCUAUUUCAGACUUAGCACCUGUGAUGAAUCUUCGUAUACAAUGACUGUCCUGAUCUUCCAGAACAUUUCUAUACAUUUGGAGGAUUUACACGAUGUUUCAACUGCCAGGCGUCAAGCAACAAGUGUUCCCAUAAGAAACAUGGAUGGUGUGUUGAUUUCUUUGUAAACAAUUUAUCCAAGACCCUCGCGCAGUUAAUAAUAAUUCAUAAUGAUAAAAUGUGUAUAUAUAUAUCGCGAGUGAACGCUUUAAUUUGAUGCUUGAUGUGGCUUGAAAAUUUAGUGGAAUCGAUUUGAAAACCGCGUGGAAAGUCGGCGAAGCGUGAAGAGGUUUAGCGGCCAUGGGAGGGUGUGCUAGGCUGUGUCGUCUACUGCCUGGUCUCCUGCGGCGAUACUGGUUCCUGGUGGUGUGGACUGGGGCGUGUGCCGGGGUCUUCUAUGUCGACUACUUCCGCUACAAGAUGCUGCCCCAAUACUACUACACCAGACGCAUGCUUGGGUGUGGUCUGUGCCUCCAGCUUGGCCUGUGUGUGUCGAGGGGCUCAGCGGCUGUGCUCAACCUGUCCUGCUGCUUCUUGGUGCUGCCCAUGUGUCGAGCUCUGGCCACCACCCUGGCCGCCGCCCUCGCCCGCCCACACCGCCGCCCACCCGCCCUACCCGCCACCCUACCCGCCCCCGCCGCCAAGACGACCCACCUCGUGGUCGCCGCCACCGUUGUCAUUAGUGCAGUAGUGCACACAGGAGCCCAUCUGUCAAAUGCUGUCAACUUCUCCCGUUACUACAGCAGCCACUACCCUGACCUCAACCUAGCAACCUACAGGGGUGAGAGCCCUCUGCGAGUCUUCGUGGCAACAGUUCCAGGCAUAACAGGAGCAGCGAUGAUGAUAAUACUGGCUGUUCUUGUGAUCACUUCCACCCGCUGGGCACGAAGAAGAAACUAUGAUGUCUUCUUCUACACGCACCACCUCGGUCUCCUCUUCCUCCUCCUGCUUAUAAUCCAUCCAAUCAGUGGUGUUCUGAAGGAGCAGAAGAACCUUCAUGGCCACAUCCCAGGGUGUCACAUGUAUAGAGACGUUCACACUAAAGCGGAAGGGUUUCCCGAGCCUAGUCGUGCGGCUAAUUACACAAACCUGGACUACAACCUUAAGAGUCAAGAGAAAAGUAGAAUUAGCUACCACGUCUUGGAGCACAACAAUCAGAACCAAACUUCCCACACAGAGACCAUGUAUCCUGAACCUGGUCCAGAAUAUGGCUAUCCUGAGCCAGAUCCACAUAUUGGAAGCCCUGGGCCUGAUUCAGACUAUCGUUACAGUGAACCUGGUCCAGAAUAUGGCUAUCCUGAGCCAGAUCUGCAUAUUGGAAGCCCUGGGCCUGAUUCAGACUAUCACUACAGUGAAUCUGAUUCAGAAUAUGGCUAUCCUGAGCCAGAUCCACAUAUUGGAAGCCCUGGGCCUGAUUCAGACUAUCACUACAGUGAAUCUGAUUCAGAAUAUGGCUAUCCUGAGCCAGAUCUGCAUAUUGGAAGCCCUGGGCCUGAUUCAGACUAUCACUACAGUGAAUCUGAUUCAGAAUAUGGCUAUCCUGAGCCAGAUCCACAUAUUGGAAGCCCUGGGCCUGAUUCAGACUAUCACUACAGUGAAUCUGAUUCAGAAUAUGGCUAUCCUGAGCCAGAUCUGCAUAUUGGAAGCCCUGGGCCUGAUUCAGACUAUCGUUACAGUGAACCUGGUCCAGAAUAUGGCUAUCCUGAGCCAGAUCUGCAUAUUGGAAGCCCUGGGCCUGAUUCAGACUAUCACUACAGUGAAUCUGAUUCAGAAUAUGGCUAUCCUGAGCCAGAUCCACAUAUUGGAAGCCCUGGGCCUGAUUCAGACUAUCACUACAGUGAAUCUGAUUCAGAAUAUGGCUAUCCUGAGCCAGAUCUGCAUAUUGGAAGCCCUGGGCCUGAUUCAGACUAUCACUACAGUGAACCUGAUUCAGAAUAUGGCUAUCCUGAGCCAGAUCCACAUAUUGGAAGUCCUGGGCCUGAUUCAGACUAUCACUACAGUGAACCUGAUUCAGAAUAUGGCUAUCCUGAGCCAGAUCCACAUAUUGGAAGCCCUGCAUCUGAAUCAGAAAAUGACUAUAUAGGCUCUGAUUUACAUUAUAGCUUCCAUGAUUCUGACUCUGGAUAUAGCAAUUCAGAAGUAGGCCCUCAUAAUAAGGGCUCAGCUUCUGAAUCUGACAGUGGCUAUGUUAAAGCUAACUCAAAUUAUGACUACAGUGAACAUAGUGUUGCUCAUAAUAACUUCAAGUCUGCCUCCAAUAUGAAGCAUCCUAGCACUAAACUUCACACUCAACGUUUUGUUGACAAAGAGACUUCUGAGGAGUCAGGAAGGAGAACAGCAACUUGGGGAGAAAUAAGAUCUCAAAAGUUUAGCAAGAAGCAUAGGAUGUGUCUCAAAGCACCAGUGUUUGGCUCCAUUAAUUCGCAGACUUGGAUAUGGGUUACAGUAGCUCUGGCAGUAUGGGCAGCUGACUGGGCAGUGCGGCUGUGGAGGCGGCGCGAGAGCGUGCACAUCAUUAGUGUGGUGCGAUAUCCUUGUGAUGUUGUGCAGCUUACUCUUAGACAGUCUGGCUUUUCCUGCACUCCUGGCCAGUAUGUGUUGGUGCAGUGCCCGGCAGUGUCAAGGUUUGAGUGGCACCCAUACACCGUAACCUCGCCACUGACCCAGCACUGCCCAAACACCUUCACCAUCUUCAUGCGUGUGAGGGGAGACUGGAGCAGUCGUGUUGCAGCUCUACUGCAUCCUGUUAGAGUUUCCAGUCCAAAGUCGCUGAAUAAUCACUGGGCAGAAAAUGAGAAACAUCAGUGCUGCAGUACAUCUCCACAGUCUAGUCCAGCAACACUAUCUAGUCCGUUGAUUCAGUCUAGUCAGUUCUCGCUCAGUCACAUAAACUCGCUUUCUCCCUCAUUUCCUCAUUCAAAUCCACAUACAAAUGCCAUGUUUUCUCAUUUAACUCAGUAUACUCAUGCUUAUUCAUGUAUGCCCACUGUGGAUGAAUUGAAAGACUGUUCAUUUUCACCUGGUGAACAGAAAAUUACAGAAAUCUCUUAUUUAAAAAAUCAAUCAAUAUAUCCUUCAAAUUCAAAAUUAAAUGUAAAAUAUGAUGCCCACUCAGGGUCUAACAAAGUGAAUUUAAAUUUGCUUAAUUCACAUGUACCACUAUUGAGUGCUAACAGGCAUUAUAAAACUUCAGAGUCAAGGAGAUUGCAUCCAUACUCAAAGUAUUGGAUGUCACAAAAUUCUAAAUCUCACAGACACUCAAAGUUGUCUAAUCACUGCACAAGUUCAGGGAGGACUGAAGACUCCUGUGAAAAAUGCAUGUCAAAUGCAGAGCCCAACAAGCAAUCGGCUGAUCUACAACCCAACACUCGCACGAGUACAUUUAUUAACGCACAACCUAACUCAACCUUGAACUCAAUGAAGAGGUCUCGGUCAAGAAAAAAGUGGUCUCAUAAAAGUGAAAAUGGGGGUUUAACUAAAGAUAAAAGCUGCUUCAGCAUCUUCAUUACAGAAGAACCAUGCGUGAGGUUGCAUGUGGAUGGGCCCUUCAGUUCCCCAAGUGAAAGCAUGCUACAUUACCCUGUGGUAAUUAGUGCCGCAGGUGGCGUGGGCAUCACACCUCUGGCCGCUACCCUCUCGCACAUCUUGUGUUGCCAGUCACCAUUGCCUGAGCGAGUGCAUGUUGUGUGGGUUGUAAGGGAUGCUCGUCUCUUUUUGGCCUUGGCACCUUUAUUGUCUAGUCUUCUCCUUCACUGCUGGGAUGCCCACACUGAAGACCGUCUUGAACUCCGCCUUCAUGUUACCACACCAACACCACCGCAAUUACUCGAGGAUUUGUUUGCUAAAGAACAUCCCAGCUUGCUGCCGCGAAUUACUCAAGGUCGACCAGUCUGGAAGCAUUUGUUUAGAGAAUGGCAGCAGGUAUACAUAAGGGAUAAGGUUGGAGUGUUUGCGUGUGGUCCAGCAAAGAUGCGACACCAAGUGAGACGACACUGUCUUUCCUCAAUUUCCAGAGGAGCACCAUUCCAAUAUCACCAGGAAUCAUUUUCUUGAGAAUAAUAGAGAACUAAGUAACCUGUUCUCAAAUGUAAGUAGAAAAUGAUCAUUAAUGGAAAAACUUUGUAAUAAAUUAUUCAAUAUUGGAA